AUGGCUGCCAUUCGCAAGAAGCUUGUGAUUGUCGGAGACGGUGCCUGCGGUAAAACCUGCCUUCUGAUCGUUUUCAGUAAAGAUCAGUUCCCAGAGGUUUAUGUGCCUACCGUCUUCGAAAACUACGUCGCAGACAUAGAAGUCGAUAAUAAGCAGGUGGAACUAGCGUUGUGGGAUACGGCAGGUCAGGAGGACUACGAUCGACUCCGUCCUUUGUCGUAUCCAGACACGGAUGUCAUACUCAUGUGCUUCUCAGUCGACUCACCGGAUUCCCUGGAGAAUAUUCCUGAAAAAUGGACCCCGGAAGUUAAGCAUUUUUGCCCCAAUGUGCCGAUUAUUCUUGUGGGCAACAAAAAGGACUUGCGAUGUGAUCCAAACACGAUCAAGGAAUUGGGGAAGAUGAAGCAAGAGCCGGUGAAGCCCGAAGAGGGUCGGGCCAUGGCGGACUUUUAG